GAAAGUCGAAAUCAUCUAUUUGGGACUAUUUCGGCUACAAAAAGGAGGAUGUUGACCAAAAUGAGGUACUUUGUAUGGAGUGUCAUAAAGUUGUGGCCACAAAACAUGGAAACACAACCAAUUUGUCUGAUCACUUAAAACGGCACCACAAAGCUCUUUACGACGAAUACAAAGCCAAAUCUGGAUGUCAACCAAAACAAACAAAUAUUUGUGAUGCAUUUGCCAGUGUGACACCUUACCAGAAAGGUUCUCAACGACAAAAAGAAAUAACAGACGCAAUAACUUUUCAUAUCGCUAAAGAUAUGUUGCCAUUAAAUACCGUCGCCAAAGAGGGAUUUAAGAAAAUGAUCCGAACGCUUGACAGGCGGUAUGUUAUACCAUCCCGCACAUAUUUUUCCCAAGUUGCGAUAAAAGAGCUGUAUGAAAAAUGCAAAUCUAAGAUUGAAGCAGAACUGUCGCACGUGGAAUACUAUGCAACUACAACAGACUUGUGGUCCAGCAGGACAACGGAGCCCUACAUGAGUCUGACGGUCCAUUUCAUCACAGAGGACUUCGAGCUAAAAAGUCGCUGUUUGCAGACGGCAUUUUUCCCGGAAAGUCAUACAGCCGAGAAUAUUGCAGAGGCCCUGAGAGAAGCGGUGUCCGCUUGGGGUUUAGAUGAGACACGUCAAGUCUGUAUAACAACAGAUAAUGCAGCGAACAUGGUCAAAGCUGCCGAUCUGAACAAGUGGACCAGGCUACAGUGCUUCGGCCACAGACUGCAUCUUGCAAUUGAAAAUGCAGUGAAAAAGGAUGGCCGCAUUGAUCGUGCUAUAGGAGUCUGCAAGAAGCUGGUGAGCCACUUCUCUCACAGCUGGAAGGCCAGCGACGCCCUAGCAAAAGUCCAGAAGGAACUCAGUCUACCAUCACAUUGUCUCAUCUCAGAAUGCCAAACAAGAUGGGGUUCCAGACAGAUGAUGAUCAGCAGGAUAUUAGAGCAGCAGCAGGCUUUAACUCAGGUCCUGUCUGCAGACAAGAAGCUGCGGCAUCUAAUUCCAACCUGGCAAGAUAUAGAUGUGCUGGAAUCUGUAAGCAAGUCACUGGGCCCAAUGCUGGAUUUCACUGAUGCACUUUCAGGGGAUGAAUACGUCAGUGUCUCCUUUGUAAAGCCAGUUCUUCAGCUCUUCAACACUUCACUACUGGAAAUGCGAGAAGAAGACACAGACCUGACCAAGAACAUAAAAAAGAAGAUGCUGGACUACCUCAAUGAGAAAUACGAAGAUGAUGAUACUCAGAAGCUGCUAGAUAUGGCAUCUUUUUUGGACCCCCGGUUCAAGAUGGACUUCAUCAGUGCAGACAAGAAGACCCAAGUUAAGGCCACAGUGGCAUCACAGAUGAUGGAAUGCCAGGAGAAAUCAAGCUGCAGCACUGAUGUGGAGCCCAACGUUACCAGUGCAACCCAGGCAAAGAAAGCAAAGAAGUCACUGGGAAGCUUCUUUAAACAGAGAGAAACUGAAGCAAAGGGUGAUUCCUCUCUGACCCUAAAGGAUGCUUUGGAAGCAGAGUUAAACACUUACCUGCUAACACCUCCAAUAGACAAAGAGGAGGAUCCACUUGCAUGGUGGAAAGUACACAAACUAAGCUUUCCUCAUCUCGCCAGACUUGCCCGCAAAUACCUGUGUAUUCCUGCGACAAGCUCGCCGUCAGAGAGACUUUUUAGUACUAGUGGCAACAUCGUCACUUGCCACUUGUCACUUGUCUCAAGCCUGCAAAGGUUGAUAGACUUGUGUUCUUAG